AUGUUUUCCAAAGCAUCCAUCGUAGCAUUGGCUCUCGUAGCUGUCAGCAAUGCUCACAUGAUCAUGACCAGCCCAGUUCCAUAUGGAGUCGACACUCUCAACAACUCACCUUUGGAAGCAAGCGGAGCCGACUUUCCAUGCAAGCAAAGAGAUGGAGUUUACGCAGUCACCACUCAAAACACCAUGGAACUCGGUGGAUCUUAUGAUCUCGCAUUCAAGGGUAGUGCCGUACACGGAGGUGGAUCUUGCCAAGUAUCUAUCACCUAUGAUGAAACUCCUUCUGCCUCUAGCACAUUCAAAGUCAUUCACUCCAUCGUCGGUGGUUGCCCAAUGAAAAACAUUGCCGGAAACAACGGAGACAACAAAGAUGCCGUCGAUCCAGAUACCUACAAUUUCACCAUUCCCUCAACUCUUCCAGCUGGUAAAGCAACUCUCGCAUGGACUUGGUUCAACAAGGUCGGAAACCGUGAAAUGUACAUGAACUGUGCACCCGUUACACUCACCGGCGGCUCCAGCAAGCGCAGCGACCUCAUCGCACGCGACCAAGCUGCUUUCAGUGCUCUCCCAGACAUGUUCACCGCCAACAUCGGCAAUGGUUGUUCAACAGCUGAUUCUAAAGAUGUGGCUUUCCCCAACCCAGGUGAUUCCGUUGAGUAUGAUGGAGGUUCCACUGCAAGUGCUACCGCUGCACCAACUGGAUCUUGCGCUACUGCUGCUGCUGGUGCUGCUGGUGCCGCUGGUGCCGCUUCUGCAAAACCCACUGGAACUGGUGCCGCUGGUGCCGCUUCUGCAAAGCCCACUGGAACUGGAGCCACUACCACUCUGGCUUCAUACAGUACAGCUCCCGCCGCGACCGCAAGUUCUCUUCCAGGAGGUGUUUUUGUCUCAAUUGCUACUGGUACUGGCGCCGCUACCUCCGCCGCGACCUUAUCAUCAACUUCAGCCGUCAGUGUUCCAACAACCCCAACUUCUGUUACUUCUGCCUUAGCACCAGCAGGAACCGGCGCUUCAUCAACUUCCUCUUCAGGAGCUCUCACUGGCGCCUGUACAAGCGAAGGAAUGUUUAACUGCGUUUCAGGGACCUCUUAUCAACAAUGCGGUAGUGGUACCUGGAGCGUCGUCAUGCAAAUGGCUGCCGGAACCACCUGCAUCAGUGGCCAAACCAUGAACUUGGCCGUUGCCAAGAGAAACGGAAUGGGAUUGAUGCGCCACGUUGCUCGACGAGGACUGGGUGCUGAGAUGUUCAACUAA